AUGGAACUGCGAGAAAUCGUGAAACGCGCGGGAUACCUUCUGUAUAUUGUGAGCCCGAACGAGACGUCGUUUGAGAGGCUUGAAGAUGUUCCCGACUACGUUGUUCAGGCUGUGCCUCUGUUCGUGGCGUUCUUGGUGAUUGAACUGAUUUUCAACUUUGUGCAAAGGAAAAGUGACCGCUUCCAACUUGAUGACGGCCUGACCUCGAUAGGGCAGGGCAUUAUUCAAGAGCUGUCUCGCCUUUUCACGGAAAGCACCUUACUGGCCGGCUACAUCUACGUGUAUGAACACCACAGGAUUGUCACACUGCCAUGGAAUUCUACGAAGACUUGGUUCUUCGCUCUUCUGGCCGUCGACUUCGCGUAUUACUGGAUGCAUCGCUGGGCUCACGAGGUCAACCUCGCCUGGUCCGGCCAUCAGGUGCACCACAGCUCCCAGUUCUACAACUUGACAACCGCUCUGCGCCAGUCGGCUUUACAAGCGUACUACGAACCCGUGCUGUAUCUGCCGCUCGCUGUGGUGUUGUCACCAAGCGCGUACUUGGUGCAUCACCAAUUCAACCGUCUGUACCAGUUCCUCAUACACACGGAGUCUGUCCAGUCACUUGGCCCCCUGGAGUACGUGCUCAACACCCCAAGCCACCACCGAGUACAUCACGGUAGAGACCGAUACUGCAUUGAUAAGAAUUACGGUGGCACGCUAAUCAUCUGGGACCGUCUUUUUGGCACCUUUGCGGCUGAGCAGCGCCGACCUGCUUACGGACUGACGCACUCCGUGAACACGUUUGACCCAUGGACUCUUCAGAUGCAACACUUCCUGUACAUCUGCAAACAAGUUAUCACCAUCAAGGGGCUCGGAAACAAAUUUUCGACCGUUUUUAAGGGACCUGGCUGGCAACCGGGCAAACCAAGACUGGGCGACCCGAACGAUAUUCCAGAUGUACGUAGGCCUGUUGAACCCUACGCGCCGGAGACCACGCUGCUGCGCAAGCUUUACGUAGCAUUGCAUUUUACCCUCAUUGGCAUCGGCUACGUGAAGCUCAAACACUGGAGCCCAGUCACUGGCACCGGCGCGCUGCUUUGCGGCAUCGCUUACAUCUUCUUCUCCCUUGGUGUAAUGGGAGCAUUCUUGGACAACAGGACCCACAUCUACGGACUGGAGGCACUCAGGUGUGCCCUGAUGUUAAUGUUGGACGUGCGCGUCUUCCACCUGUCGGUCAUGGCUGAUUCUGCGGCCGGCAUGGUUUUCCUCAACAUAGUCAGGGCCACGUACGCGGCCUCGCUGCUGGGAUGCCUUGCAGCGAGCGUAUGGGGUACCUUGAAGCGGGUUCUCAAGAAAAAACUGGCGUGA